GCUCUAGCAAGUUUCAAGAUGGCAGCCGAAUUCUGUCUGAAGGCGGUACUCAUUGUUUUGGAGGAGCUCACGAAUUAUUAACCACGAUACAUAACAUCGAUUCCUUUGAUUAUAUUGGUGAGGAGUGAGAGAUAAAAAUGGAUCUCCUAGGAUCAAUUCUUAACAGCAUGGAUGCUCCACCAUCUACAGAAAACAAGAAGGCCAAAGAGGAGAAAGCCAAAUUAAAGAAGCUCCAGUUGGAACAAAAGAAGAAGAAUGCAGAAUUCCGUUCAAAGACUGAAAAACAAGUCAAUGAAUUUAUAAAAGAUACCAAAGAAACAAGACUCAAGUUUCCACCAAUGACAAGAGUGGAGAGGAGUAUUGUUCAUGAUGUUGCCGAGAUUGCUGGUCUUACUACAUUUUCUUUUGGAGAAGAUGAAGUAGACAGAUAUGUUAUGCUUUUUAAAAAGGAAUUUCCUCCUUCUGAUGAAGAACUUGAGGCAUACAGGAAUGGACAGGAAUUUGAUCCGGAGAGUGCAGAAAAGCUCAAGGAGGCAUCUGAGAGUAAUGUUGAUGGUCCCAGUCAGGAAACACAGUGCAGGUCGUCAAAAAUUUCCAAACAAGCACCGUCCACAUUUUACAAAGACAAGUACAGACACUUACUUGGUACUGACAGUGGCAAAGAUGCUGCUAAGGCUACUAAAAGUAACUCAGCUUACGGUUAUGUUCCCAGCGAAAACAAGCGGGACUUACGUUCAAUUGAGGAGACUCUUAAUGAUAUUCGUAAGAGGAAGAAGUUUCGCCCGGGUGAGGCUGAUGAUGAGGAGGAUGAUGUUGAAGCUGAAGACAGUGGCUAACCUUCCCGUUAUAGUCCUCAAGGUUCUCGAGUUAUUGUGGGAAAAUUUAGAUUGUCUUAGAGAGAGGAUGUUACCUUCCCAAUCGUUCUGCCAUCCAGUGAGCAGAAUGCAUUGUUUUAUAUCGCCGCAAGGGUCGCUUCUAGCCAAUUUUUAUACAGAAUUUAGCGAUAUUCAGUCAAAAUGCUUCUUCUCAAAGUAGAUUUGAAGUUGAUCUGAUUCUAUCACUCUGUGGUUAGUUUUAAAUUCGAUCUUAAGAAUUUUUUCGUGAUUUCUCAGUAGUCUUAUCGUACAAGAACAUGAUGUAGUUGGAAAGUUGAUAGUGAUUGCCCCUGUUCGUAAAAUUCGUCAGCUUUAAUGGACGUUUUAAUGAUUCAAUUCAUCGACAGUUUUUGGGGGGCAAGGCUGAUAUUCAGUCAUUUUAAAUGAGCAAUUGUUCCCGUUUUCUGAAUUCGUUUGUCGAGCUUGAUUGUAGCUCUGCAUUGGUCAAGAGGAGAAUCGGCUUGUAUCCUUCGACCAAUCAGAGAGAGGGCCGCAGUUUUAACCAGCUAGGAACAAUGGAAAAGCCACUCGUGACUUCGCGUUCUGCAUUGUAAUUUCCCGCCUUUGACGCGGGUUGCAACUCUAGCUUUGAGUUUCGAUUGCUUCUUGAUUUAAUUGGCAUUUUUCUGUGAUUGGCUAGAUGCAGUUAUCUUGAGCUGACACUUUUUCGUCGUUGGGUAUUUAACACGUUAAUGUUUGCUGAAUAUCUGUGAAACACCACCACUUUUUUCUACUUUUUCUGCUUUCCAUAUUUUUUGUAAGACAUGAUGGACAUCGAAUUUUGAGAGCCUGUAACUGCACCAAUAGUGGUUAUUUUACGUGUUUGACAGUUUUUGAAUGAAUUUCAUUUAGUAUGUAACUAUAGAUCUCUAUCUCGUUAUUUUUCAGAAGAAUAUAAGAAAUUUAUCGACUUAUGUCAACCGAUAGUUGUCUAGAGUAUAAAACUCAUCAGCUAGAAUAAUGUAAUUUGAAUAAGUUAACUUGCAAAAAAUAAACAACUUGUGGCAUUGUACAAAUGAA